AUGAAAAUUAUAGUCCGUUUCCUUAUUACUUUGUUAUUUGCUGAUUUCGAAAAAGCAAUUCACUCGGCCGCAUUAUUUGUUUGGCCAUCUGUCGAAUUAAAAGGAUGCCGAUUCCAUUUAGGCCAGAGUUGGUGGAGAAAAAUUCAAGCUCUAGGUUUGAGUAAUGAAUAUAAUCUAAAUUCAGAAAUAAGCAAUUACCUAAAAAUAUUUUUUGGUCUCCCUUUUUUGAAACCUGAAGAUGUAGAAAACUGUUUUACCGAUGAUAUAGUAUCAAUUUUACCACAGAAUAAAAAAGUAGAAACAUUUACAGAUUAUAUUUUAAACACAUAUUUAACCCCCGAUUGUGACUUUCCUCCUUCUUUAUGGGCAAUGUAUUCGGGAUCAAUUACAAGGACAACAAAUAGCUGUGAAGCUUUCCAUUCAAAAUUAAACGGUAUGUUUUAUUCUGCUCAUCCAAAUAUCUAUAAAUUUAUUGAUGUACUUAAAAACGUACAAAAAGACACUUACAUAAAAAUUCGUAGCAGUAGUCAAAGGAAGAAAAUAAGACGUGAAAUAUGUGAAAAACAAGAAUUUUUAAGAAAUCAAAUGAUGAAAUACGACUUUAACGAAAUUACACGUUUUGAUUAUGUUAAAACUGUAUCGUUCAAAUUUUUACCGAGCCACAAAUAA